AAUAGGCCAGAAACGUGUAUAGCCUUAGCCCCCAUAUUUACGGAGGCCGCAAAACCAUAAUUAGUACUUGACCAAAUCUUAAACUACCAAAACAGAAUCAAGUCAAUUCCAUAAACUGUAUCCCCUGAUUCCCCAGAAAUCAAAAUUCCAAGAACUCCAUCAUGGACCCAAAUUCAUCUCCUUCCAAUUCCAAUUCCAACACCACCAUUCCGGUAGUGGCAACCCUCCCCGCUUUCGGGUCGGACUCUUUGACCCGGAAGCCCAUCAGCUUGUGGCCCGGAAUGUUCCACUCGCCGGUGACCCAGGCACUGUGGGAAGCGAGGUCUCACAUGUUCGAGAGGCUCUUGGACCCACCAGCAGACGCUCCUCCGCAGAGCGAAUUGCUGAACAAGACUCCGUCUCAGAGCAGGACUACAAUUCUCUACAAUUUCUCUGCUGAUUUUAUACUGAGGGAGCAGUACAGGGAUCCUUGGAAUGAGGUCCGAAUUGGGAAACUGCUUGAAGACCUUGAUGCUUUAGCUGGAACCAUUUCUGUCAAGGUUGAAUUUCCAGUCUUGGAGAGGCUAGAUAUUGGUGGCAGCCUGAACUUGAAAGAGAUAUGGAACAACCUUUGUCUGGGGGAAAAGCACAAAAGUGAAAUUAAGCUCAAAGUUCUUGAUGCAGAACACAAAUGAAAGAUCAACAAGAGCGAGAUUCAGAGUGCGCUAUUCCACAUGGGAGUUGACAUGCGUGUCCCUCCCGUUUCACUCCCGUUUCAGGAGUCGUUUGUCUUGGGAGCAGUUUGGCGCAUUAUUGGCAAAUGUUAAGGAACUAAACGCCCACUAGCAAAGAAAAGAGAUACAUGCUCUUUCUCUCUCAGCUCAAUUUUGGUGCUAUUUUACAGUUGAUGUAGUGACUAUUACUUGUCUAUAAAUAGUAGGAACAUUUCAGGAGACUCUGUAGAAGGCUAAUGAGAUAUUUGGGACAAAGGAAAAGGACCUAUACACUAUAUUGGAAGGAUUGAUCAGUCAUAACGUCUAUAGAAACCUAUACCCCAGAUGUGAAGGGUUGAUAACAGUCCGUUGAACUCAUGGCAAUUGAAGUCUGUAAAUUCAAUCCAUUUUUCAUGUAAUUAAACUGCAGUAAGUCAAUUCUUUGAAUUCCUGUAACUGUACAAGUAGCAACUUUGAGAGAAUGUUAGCAAAUGACUUGUUCUUCUUCACAAUACUUGAGAAGUUGGAAUAAGUCAUUUGAGGGUAAGAAAUUGCUUCCUGUAGGGUUGAGAACUUUCUUCUUUUCAGAUCCAAAAUUAGAAUUGAUAACCUUUCAAGUUCAUGUUACUUGUUUCAUAGUCUAGAAGAGGCAUUUUACAUCAUCAAGGAUACUUUUGGCAAUUCCCUGGUGGCAAAUUGAAUCUAACAUUUAUUUCAACUUAAACUGAUAAUUCUUUAUACAUAAUUGAUAGUAGUUGUAUAGUAAAAAUGAUUCUAUUCCUUUAUGUUAUUGACAGGUAAACAAAUCUGAUCAAUCUCUAAACCAUAUGUCAUCCAAAGUAGCCCCAAUUUACAAACUCAAGAUUUUCUCAUUCUGGCACAUCCAAUGCGCCAUCUGUUGCUCCAAAAUUAAUAUAAGGUUGGAGAUGAGAACAGGUACCUGAGCAAAUUGUGCUCCUCUCCAUGUGAAGCGGUUGGUUAAUGCUGUGACCGAUUCGACUUAAUAAAAGAAAAUUUGUUUUGUAGAAGGCUGUGACAAUUCUUAUUCUUUCAGCCAACUUCAUAUUUGUAGCUC